CCGCCAACGGACAGACCGCCGUGGGGCAAACGGAAGGUUAGAACGGUAAUUGCAGGGCGCCUGCCCUGCCACCGCUUCGCUUUCAUACUCCGUAGUUGGACUUCCCACCCCUGCGAAACAGGUCAAAGACGACGGCGUGGUGCAAAUCCUGGAGGUCUCUCCCUUAAUACCGCUCCGGAAGGGCUGAAGAGGAGGCUUUGUGGUGGUGGAUAAACCUAAGGUCGGUGUUUGCGGUUAGAAUUGCUUGGGGUUACCUUCGGUUUCGGAGAUGGGGUGCGUCUGUUCGAGACAGAUCAGGAAGGAUACAGGGGCGAAGAAGGGGGAACUGUAUGACGAUCGAGCUGUGGAGGUCGGUUUCCGUGGAGAUCGAAAGAGCAACUACAAGCUUUUUGAUUCCGGCGAGCUCCGGGUGCUGCCGGUCAAGACUAUGGCGGGAAAGGUACCAGAAUCAAGUUCAAUUCUGGGACGGGCUAGUAUUGCUGGUCUUGAGAAAGCUGUAGAAGUCCUUGAUACGCUUGGAAGCAGCAUGUCAAACCUGAAUCCUAACAGUGGCUUCCCAUAUGGAAUGCCAUCUCGAGGAAAUAAAAUAUCAAUCUUAGCAUUUGAAGUUGCAAAUACUAUUGCUAAAGGCGCUAAUUUGUGGAGAAGUCUUUCAGAUGAAAACAUCAAUGCUUUGAAGGAAGAAAUUUUGCAGUCAGAUGGAGUGAGAAGACUUAUCUCUGAAGAUGCUAAUGAAUUGCUUUGUAUUGCUGCUCUGGACAAAAGAGAAGAACUUGACUUUUUCUUGAGAGAAGUAGUUCGCUUUGGGGACCUCUGUAAAGAUCCAACAUGGCACAAUCUCGGUCGCUAUUUUGAAAAAUUGAGUAUGGAUAUGACUCUCGUGGAACAGACAAAAAAGGAGGCAGAAGCAACAAUGCAAAAUUUGAUAAAUUUGGCUCAGAAUACUUCUGAGCUUUAUCAUGAGCUGCAUGCACUAGAUAGAUACGAACAAGAUUACCGAAGGAAGCUUCAAGAGGAGUUGAUUCCUGCAUCUAAACAGGAUAGUUUUCUCAAUACUGAACUCAAACAUCAAAAAAAGCUAGUGAGGAGUUUGAAAAAGAAAUCUCUUUGGUCCAGAACCUUAGAGGAGGUUGUGGAGAAACUUGUUGAUAUUGUGGCAUUUUUUAAUAAGAAGAUUUGGGAAUCGUUUGAAGUUCCUGGUAGCAACUUGCUCGACCAUAAGGAAGUUCUGAAUGGAAGCUUAGGUGCUUCUGGUCUUGCAUUGCAUUAUGCUAACAUCAUUAAUCAGAUUGAUAAUAUAGUAUCUCGGCCACUUUCACUUCCACCAACUAUAAGAGACAGCUUGUAUCAGGGAUUGCCAAUCCGAGUGAAGGCAAGUCUUCGCGCUCGAUUGCAGUCUUCUGAUGCAAAAGAAGAGUUCACUGUUCCUCAAGUAAAAGCUGAAAUGCAGAAGAUUUUAAGGUGGCUCACUCCAAUAUCAGAAAACACGAUUAGAGCACAUCAAGGUUUUGGUUGGGUAGGAGAAUGGGCAAAUAUGUGUACUGAGAUUAACAAAAAGCAGGACAUGCAAGGCUGCAUUAUCCGCAUCCAAACUCUUCAUUAUGCAAAUAAAGAGAAGACUGAGGAUUAUAUAUUAGAAUUGGUUGUCUGGCUCCAUCAUCUAGUUACUCAGGUGAAAAACAGGGGAUUUGUGUUGAAGUCUGUCGACUCAGUCCAAAGUCAACCACAGACAAAGGCGUCUCGAGAAACUGUUCCAGGACUAUCUCAGGAGCGCAAUGCUAAAGUUGAUGAUCUCAAAUUUUCAGAAGAAGAAAGAAAAUUGUUGGAGCAAGUGAGCCAAACAAACAUCCAGCUAAGGAGAAGCAAAAGUUUGGAUUUCAAAAGCAACACAGCCAAGCGACUUUGGAGACGUGCGAGUCUAACCAUGAGCUGUGGGAAUUCUCCAAACAAGGAGUUCAGUGCAGCGUUAGACUGGCGGUCGGAAAAGUUGAGAUGCUUGGAUGUGAUAGAUGGGCUCGAUACACUUAGUGCAUUACCAAUUGUUCAAUUUUAUGCUUAACUCGGUUCGUAGGCACUAAGCCUUUUAUUUCUCAUUGUAAAUGCCUCAAGGAUUUAAUGAUUCUUUUUGCAGUUGUAUAUUGUUUACUUGAUGUCCCGUAUUGCAUAUGUACUACUCGGUUCAUAGAAUGUGAUCACUUGAUUGGUAGUGCUGAUCA